AUGACACCUUGGACUAAGGAAGCACAAGAUGGCUUUUUCAGCAAGAAAGAGUGCAAAAAUCUCAGGAUAGACAGAAGCAUUCUUAAUGAUCUCCAUUCUUCUUAUAGUGCCAUGAUCAUGUUUGCGCAGUAUGUGCAAGGAAGCACAUUUGGCCAAGUGGUUAAAAUGGCUGAAGCUGUAACAGACUUUGCCAAAAGGUGCACUGAUGUAGACAGAGACAAUCCAAACUGUCAGAAGCCUUUGGACAGGAUCUUCCUCAAUACAAUAUGCCAGGAGGACAAUCUUCCUAGAUUUACUGACUGCUGUGCUAAAAAGGACCCUGAAAGAAAUGAUUGCUUCCUGUCCCUUAAAAAUUCAUCAAGAGGAUUCAUUUCACCUUUUGAAAGGCCAAAUGCUGAAGCUGCCUGCAAAAAUUAUUCAGAGCAUCGCCAUUCAUUACCAGGAUAUGAAGACAUUUAUCUCUGUUUUAGUUUUAUCUAUGAUGUUUCCAGAAGACAUCCUUUCCUCUAUGCCCCAACAAUUCUUUCUGUUGCUAUCCAUUAUGAUGAGAUGAUGAAGGACUGCUGCAGAAGUACUGAAGACUCCACUCAUAACCUGGAGGAAUGCUUUCGGAGACAGGUAUUACAAAGCAAGGUUUGGUUUUGUAGCAUGAGACCAGUGGCUUUCCCAUCAAUAACUAUUUUUCUUCGUUUUAGGAAACUUGUGCAGAUAAGCCAGAAAUUCCCUAAAGCUGAUUUUUUUACUGUUACCAAACUUGUGUCGGAUAUUGCUAACAUGCACAAAGACUGCUGUCGUGGAGAUAUGCUGGAGUGUAUGCGUGAUAGGGAAGAAAUUCUACACUAUGUCUGCACCAACCAAGACAUCAUAUCAAGUAAAAUUAAAAAGUGCUGUGAAAAGCCACUGCUCCAGAGAAGUGAAUGCAUUGUUAAUGCAGAAAAUGAUGACAAACCUGCAAACUUGUCUCCCCAGGUCAGGGAGUUUAUAGAAGACAAAGGAAUAUGUGAACGCUUUGCUCAGGAAAAAGAUACCCACUUAGCCAGGUUCCCAAUGCAUACAUAUUGCAGGUUUCUCUAUGAAUAUUCCAGAAGACACCCUGAAUUUUCUGCUCAAAUGCUUUUAAGAAUAGGUAAAGGAUAUGAGGACCUACUGGAUGAGUGCUGCAAAACCGGCUCUCCAGACAACUGCUGCAGCAGAGGGGAAGAAGAACUGAAGAAACACAUUUAUGAAACUGAAAGUGUGAUGAAGACAAGCUGUGACAUUUACAAGGAGAAAGGAGAUUACUAUUUCCAAAACGAGCUUCUCCUGAGCUUCACCAAGAAGAUGCCUCAGCUAACAUCUGCAGAGCUGAUAAAAUUCACCAAGCAAAUGACUACAAUUGGCUCCAAAUGCUGCCAGUUGAGCCAGGACAAGCUAUUGCCUUGUGCUGAGGAAAAUGUAAGUUUGUUGUUGUUUUUUUUGUUGUUUUUUGUUUUGUUUUCUUACAUACACAUCUGCAGAAAUAACAUGAAAUCAUGUUUUUCACCUCUUCCUGUAAAGCUGGAUCUUGUGCUUGGAGAAAUAUGUAGAAGACACCUGACCAAUCCGAUAAACCCUGCUGUUUGCCACUGCUGUAGUAGCUCCUAUGCUCUCAGGAGGCCGUGCAUGGGGAAGCUAGAAAUUGAUGAGAAUUAUGUGCCAUUAUCAUUAACACCUGAUCUAUUCACUUUCCAUGAAGACUUGUGUACAACUGAAGAAGAAAAGUUACAGCACAAGAAGCAGGAGUCUGUGCGCUCACCUUCCAGCUUCACAGGACUUUGCUUUCCUUGCAGAAUGCUCAUCAACCUCAUCAAAUACAAGCCCCAGAUCACACAGGAGCAGUUGACUUCCAUCACCGUGGCUUUUACUGCCAUGAGGGAACAGUGCUGCAAAGAAGAGAAUCGUGAGGCAUGUUUUGUGAAAGAGGGUCCAGAACUUAUAAAAAGAAGUGAAAAACUGCUGUCAGCCUAA